CUGGACCAAAAUGAUUCUCCCAACAUCCGUUGAAUUCUUCCUCCCAAACUUUUCCAAGAGCUCCGAAAAAAUUGAGAAGACCGCGGUCGAAUUGACGACGGACUUGGCGAAAAAAGAAGUAUUGAAGUUUUUGCCAAUCAGGAUCAGACAACAUCUACAGCUCUGCUCCAACUGCUCCAACUUAAAACGGCUGGACUCCACAACCCCAUACCAGCUGGAGACCUGCUCAGUGGGCAAAAAUCUCAUCGAGCUGGACUUUUUCGGUUGCUCUUGGAGCUUUGGCGGAAAGGGCAAGGUGACUCUUCGAUUUGGAGGUGGACUUCGGAAGGAGUUGGAUUUAAAGAUCCCAAAGGAAGAAUCAAUGCGAAGAAUUCUAAAAUUCUACCUAACCCGGAAAGGGACCAUUGUGAAGAAGCUGUGGAUCAAGGAUCAGGAAUCAGUGAAGCUUUUGGCUUCGAUGGGGGUUUUCAAUAAAUUUAAUGUGUCGAAUCAGGAAGGUGUAUUGUUGGAGAAUCUGGAGGAUUUGGACGAUUUUACGCUGUCGAAGAUCACCUGGAAACUUGUGGACCCACGUUGUUAAUUUGUUUUUUGUUGUUGUUAAUUCUGUUGGUAUUUUCAGCUUACAAACUUGUUUAACUAAGCAUAAUAAUGAAAAAUAUGUACAUAAAUAAAUAACUUU